AUGAGCACCAAUAUAUUCGGACCUCCAGUGAAUAGGGAAAUGACCCAAUUAGACCGUACUUUCUUCCAGAAGGAUGUCUCACUACUUGUGGCGCACUUCCCUGAUCCCAAGCAUCUUGGCAGUUUUGUGAAAAGCUGCAAGAAAGAUAUUUUGUACUUGCCUUCAAUCAAGCAUAUAGUUCCAGUGGGCGAUUCCAAGGGUGUACUUCUUCGAGCCGAUAUCGGCGAUUUGCAGACUUAUGAAUCCAACUUGAGUGACAUCACCAAAGAAAAGAUCAAGGAGUAUUCAAUUGUCGUCAAGCCAUACACCAUGAAGUUGGACUACGACUUUUGGAAGGCUGACGAUAUUUUGCGUGCCGUUUUGCCAGAGAAUUUGCUAGACGAAAUACCCACUGGGUUUGCACAAGCUGGACAUGUAGCCCAUUUGAACUUGCGAGAUGAGUUCAAGCCGUAUGGAAAGUUAAUAGGUCAAGUCAUUCUCGACAAGAACGCCAAGGUUGAGACUGUAGUAGACAAAGUGGAUUCUAUUGCAACCAAAUUUAGAACAUUCAAGAUGAAUGUUCUUGCCGGCAAGGACGAUUUACUUGUGGAGCAGAGCGAAAGUGGCUGUAGAUUCAAAUUUGACUUCAGCAAAGUGUACUGGAACUCGAGAUUGAAUACUGAGCACGAAAGGCUCAUCGAUGCCUUCAAGCAGCAUGAGGUUGUAGCAGACGUGUUCGCUGGAGUAGGGCCUUUUGCAGUACCAGCAGGAAAAAGAGAAGUUGUAGUUUUGGCAAAUGACUUGAAUCCAGAGUCGUACAAAUACUUGCAAGAAAACAUCAAAAUUAAUCACACGGAAGACUUUGUAAAGUCCUACAACUUGGACGGACGUGAAUUCAUUAGGGAGUCUCCCAAUUUGUUGCGUGACUGGAGCAAAGAAUCUCCUGCUAUCAAGAGAACAAAGAUUGUGAAGAGAAGAAAAGUAGAUCCUGCUUCUAACGAAAAGCGUGUUGUAAGGGAAGAACAUGUAGCCGAGGUGAAUAUCCCCAAGUAUGUCGGUCAAUACGUGAUGAACUUGCCAGAUUCAGCGUUGACAUUCUUAGAUGAAUUUGUUGGUUUGUAUAGUAGAGAUCCGGAAAUAGAGAAGAUUGUGAAAAACGAUCCCGACUUUAAGCUACCUGUGAUAAACUGCCACUGUUUCGAGAAAUUCUCGCCUCAAGAACAACCAGAGCCACCUUUGGAAGUUUUACACGAACGUGUGCGUCAAAGGAUUAUAAAGAUACUUGACUAUGAUAUUCCCUUUGAGAAAUUCAACUUCCACUUGGUUAGAAGAGUAGCACCAACCAAACCUAUGUUCUGUGUAGCGUUUGAGUUGCCCGAAGAAGUUGCUUUCCGCAAAUAG